AUGGCACUGAUUUCUGGCUUAUACUGCCAUGAGUAUCCCCGGAACAUGGAAACUCUGGGCAGUAAUGAGUUUGUUGGUAAGCAUUUUGGUGUUGGCACAACAAUAAGAUAUGAUGAUGUCCAAGCAAAACUUUUAUCGAUGAAGAGAGCUUCUCCAGAUCGAGUGAAGAUGGCGGUCCUCUACUUCUUGUGUAGUGUGAUCAUAGGGAAGAAGAAGGCAGGGAAAAAAGCACCAUCCGUAGAGCCAUUCUUUCUUAGGGCUAUUGAUGAUUUGGACAUGUGUAAAACGUUCCCUUGGGGUCGUUUGGCUUUUGAUGAGAACAUGAAGGACAUCUUUCAUUGUAUGAACUACUUUGGUGGAGUUUUGAGCACAAACCAAUGGGUCUUUCCUAAUUUCGUCAUUCCGUUGGAGGUUCUUGCUUUUGAGGCAAUUCCUGUUCUUAAGGAAUAUUGCCGAGAAGAUGUUAGUAAUGCACAUGCACGUCGUCAUUGUCCUCGGAUGUGCAAGAUGAAAUUUAAAGCAAGUAAACUGAAAGGGUUUACAUUGAAGGAAAUUUAUGACAAACUUGGUACAACUAAGGAUAUUGAAAGUAUUUUGACUCCAUCAUCACGUGAGAAACGUCUUUUAGGUCGUGUCAUGGAUGAAGAGAAGCUUUACAACCAAGAUUUGGCCACCCGGGAGAAUCCAGAAGAUGUGGAUCCGGAAGAUGUGAAUCCGGAAGAUGUGAAUCCGGAAGAUGUGAAUCCGGAAGCUGUGAAUCCGGAACCUGCUGAGAAGGAUAAGGUUGAGAGGGAGCAGGCUGAGAAAGAGCAGGCUGAGAAGGAUAAGGUUGAGAGGGAGCAGGCAGAGAAAGAGCAAGCUGAAAGGGAGCAUGCUGAGAAGGAGCAGGCUGAGAGGGCUAAGGCGGCUAAGACCGAGAAGGCUGAGAGGGCUAAGGCCGAAAAGGCUAAGGCUGAAAAGGAUAAGGUAGACAAGGAGCAAGCUGAUAAGGCUGAGAAGGAUAAGUCCAAGUCUGACAAGGAGCAUGCUGAGAAAGAACAAAGUGAGAAGGAAAAGUCUGAGAAACCCGAGACUGAGAAGGAGAAGGUUGAUGAAGAGAAAGCACAACUUGGUACAACUGAUGAAGAGAAAGAACAACUUGGUACAGUUGAAGAAGAGAAAGAACAACUAGGGACAACGGAAAAAGGCCGAGAGGAAGAUGUUGAGAUGGAACAUGGCGAGAAAGAACAAGCUAAGGAUAAAGGAGAAAAGAGGGAAAGAGAAGAAGUUGUUCAUGCUCACCAAGGUAAAAGGGUGAAGAUCAUAAGCAAGAAGAAGGGAGGGACUGUGGUCAUAAGCAGUCCUAUUCAGACAACACAAAAUGCGAAGAAGGAUAAUUGA